UCGCAGUCUGUGAGGUGAGGCCGGAGAGGGAAGGUUACCCGACUCACGCAGCCCGCCCGACUGUCCGCGCCCCGCCGACACCUCCACCAUGGCCCUCAAGCGGAUAAACAGGGAGUUGAGGGAGUUGGAGAGGAAUCCACCCGGUCAGUGCUCCAUCGGACCCAUCAACAAUGACCCCUUCCACUGCCAGGCCACCCUCAUAGGCCCCGAGGACACACCCUUCCAAGGCGGCCUCUUCGAGUUGAGGAUUGACUUCCCCGACGACUACCCUUUCAAGCCGCCCAAGGUGUGGUUCACGACUAAAAUCUACCACCCCAACAUCAGCACGGAAGGAGGUAUCUGUCUGGACAUACUGCAAAACAACUGGUGUCCUUCACUCUCUAUAGCAGGUGUCAUCCUUACCAUCUGCGCCCUGCUGUCAGACCCCAACCCUGAGGACCCCUGGCGGAGAGACAUCGCGGAGAAAUACAAAACCGAUAGAGGGGCGUACGAGAGGGAGGCGCAGAGGUGGACCCGACUCUACGCCGCCGGGUAGUGGGAAAGUGUGGGGGGGAGGAUGUUGGAAAGGGGGAGAAGGGGGAUCGUGUUUGGGGAAAGGAGGGUUGAAUGGGAGGAAGGGGAUCGACUGCACCUUGAUUUUGAUGGUGGGGGAAAGAGAGAAGGGUUGGGAAGGGUAGGAGAGGGGUUUGAACACUUUGAUUUUGGUAAUUUUGAUGGUGGGGGAAAGAGAGAAGGGUUGGAAAGGGCAGGAGAGGGGUUUGAACACUUUGAUUUUGAUAAUUUUGGUGGCGGGGGAAAGAAGGAAAGGUUGGAUUGGGGAAUGGAGAUUGAAUACUCCUUGAUUUUGACGUGGGGAGAGAAAGGAGGGUUGGAAAGGGGAGGAACAGGGAAUAGAACAGUCUUUGAUUCUGACGUGGGGAGAGAAAGGAGGGUUGGAAAGGGGAGGAACAAGGAAUAGAACAGUCUUUGAUUUUGACGUGGGGAGAGAAAGGAGGGUUGGAAAGGGGAGGAACAAGGAAUAGAACAGUCUUUGAUUUCGAUGUAACUGGGCAAUCGAUGAAAUGUAUUAAGUAGACAUUCUCUUAUGUUAUGAUCUACAGAAGUGAGGAAUCGAACUCUCCUUACUUUUGAUGUUAAUAAUAAAACUAAUAAUGGAACAGUUCCUUUAAGUUCGCAUAUUUCACAGUCUUUUGGAUAUGAAGGAAGACGCGGGAAGAAAGGACGGAUGAUAAAAUGGGAGGAAAUCUCUUAAAAUUAAAAUAAAGACAAAAAAAAAACAAUCUGUGCAACUUGACAUGAGGGAAAGGGUUAGGUGAGGUGGUGUGGGGGCGGGGUGGGGGGGGGGGGGGGAAUGUUAUAAUGUUAUCUAAUCGUCUUAAUGAUAGUGUGUUUACUGUCCAAAUCUCUUUAAGUCAUAGAGUAUAUUUUCCUGUAUGUUCAAACGUCUUAGUUCCGUAUUCUAAGACAUUUCGCCGCCCAAGAACACACAUUUGACAAGGCUUUCGUAGGAGUUGUGGGCAUUUCCAGGGGUAGUUUUAUGACCCUGGUGGUAGUGUGACCCUUCUUCUGUACCGUGAACCUGAAGAAACACUCAUUAGAAUCCGACUGACCCUUUCUUUGACCUUUAGAAAUAGCUGAUGUAAGAAGCGAAAGUAUGUUGUAAUACCGCCCUUAUAUAAGUCUGUUGCGAGUUUUAUGGUCGGCGACGGUCAAUAAAAUAAAUAAACAUC